UUCCCCCCUCCCCUUCCCGCUCUCUCUCUCUCUCUCCCUCCUUUUCUCCACCCACACGCCUCUCUGCCUCCCUUUACGGCUGCUCUGCGCGUGCGCGUUGCUGCGACGCUCUUCCAGUCUUUCCCUGCGCCGUGGGAGUAUUUGCCAGAACACACUACAUACUAUGGCUGAUGAAGUUGAUUUUACCACUGGAGAUGCUGGUGCUUCUGCCACCUACCCUAUGCAGUGUUCUGCACUCCGCAAAAAUGGCUUUGUGGUGCUGAAGGGACGUCCCUGCAAGAUUGUAGAAAUGUCAACUUCGAAGACUGGCAAGCAUGGUCAUGCAAAGGUCCACCUAGUUGGCAUUGAUGUGUUCACUGGCAAAAAAUAUGAAGAUAUUUGUCCUUCCACUCACAACAUGGAUGUUCCUAACAUCAAGAGGAAUGACUAUCAACUGAUCUGUAUACAGGAUGGAUAUCUUUCUUUGCUGACAGAAAGUGGUGAAGUUCGUGAGGAUCUGAAGGUGCCAGAAGGUGAACUAGGCAAAGAAAUAGAGGGGAAGUAUAAUGCAGGCGAAGAUUUCCAGGUAUCAGUCAUGUGUGCAAUGAGUGAAGAAUGUGCUGUAGCCAUUAAACCUUGCAAAUAGGACCAUCUGGAUUUGAGCAGCUGCUCAUAUCUCAGCAACUGCAGAUUUCUUAUUUUAGUUCUAAUUAUCACCAAAGCUAUAACCUUCACUAGCAACCUCGUGUCUUUGUUUGAAAAUAGUGCUGGCUAAUGUUGCAAGCCAUUUGGCAAUAUUAAAAUUGCUGAAGUUCAAGUGCUUACAGGAAUGGCAAGGCAGUCAAAACUGUCAUUUUAGAUCAUGAGGUAUUACUAGUAUGCUUUGCUCGAAUGAGACUGUAUAGCAGUGCCAAUACCAAGGUAGUACUAAGUUUGGGUUUAAGUAUGAAUAGUGUUUAAAUACAACAUUUUAAACAAAUGCGAAUAACCACUUUUAUCUUAAAAUAUGGUGAAAUGUGGCUUGCACUGAACUGUGAAUAGUCAUUGAGCUGGAGACAAGGGAACUCAUGUGAUCAAAAUGCCAGUGCUGAUGGCCAUGUACAACAAACUUAUAUCUGUAGUCUUGCUGGCUGGCUCACUCUUAACAUGUCACCAUUUGCCUGUGAUGCAAACAUCCAGAAUAUUGGAUGCUUUCAUACUCUGGUUAAUAGUGCACAAAAGCUUGGGGGUGGGAGGGAGGGAGAGGAGAUUCACUAGAGGCCUUUGAUUUCAACAUGGAGUUCAGCCACUCUUCUAGUUUAAAAGAAGGGAAUGCCUCAAGUGUUUCAGUAUUAGGCAUAUUUGUUUUUGAUUUUAACUCUUUAGUUUUGUAGCACAAAUAGACUUUUUGACUUUUUAUUAAUGGAUCAAAAGUGCACAUACUAGCUUGUAUAAAGGCUUAAUAUGAGCCUGGUUUCACGCAACUGAAAUUAGGUCAUGGGUUGUACAGUCCCAAAAAGAACUAUGACAGAGUGCUCUAUCAAGUACAAGAACUUCAGUGCUGUGUUAAGGGGUCACACUGACUCAUAAUCUACUUGUACAAGACUUGAUUACACUGAACAGGCAAAUGCCUAAUCGCUAAUAGACAUGUACCCUUCAACUUUGUAAGAUCAUGCUUCUGCUUCAUUAGCAUUUUGCGGGACACCAACUUAACUUAAAUUUGCCUUAAAUAAUGGUAGCAACUGACUAACUUGAACUAGUGACUGGGUUCUUAAAACGUGCUUAGUUCAUUGCUGGCAGCUUUUUGUGUGCAUAGGAAACAGGAUUUUGAGCUUCAGUUAGGAAUAUGGUUGCCCUUUAAUCAGUGAAGUUAGUUAGACAACAGGUGUAAAUGACAACAGGUGUAAAUGAACUGCAUCAGGGUCUAGUGGUAGGCUCUAUAUUAUAAGUAUCUAUGCAGAGAAGGGGCACAACGCAGAUUGAUUUGGCAAUAAAAACUCGAACAAAGCACAGUCUUGAUGUGGUAGUAAAUAACUACAUAUUUCAAGAUCUAGGGCUACUGGAAAGCUGAAGGAUUUUAGCAUAUUUAGUCUAAUCAUGUGAGUGUUUCUAGAUAGUUGAUUCUCCAAUAGUCAUGGUUUGAAUGAGAAGUCCCAGUUUGAAACAUGGACUCAGCUAGUAUCAUUAGUCAUGAAUGUGAACAGUUUUGAGAAGUAAACUGGUGUCAUAGUAUCUGAAGAGUCCUACUAACAUCUUAACUGCUUGCAUCAUCUUAAGGACGUACGCAGCUAAAAUGUGUAGAGGCAGGUGGCUUUUGGAAAUGUGUUACUGAAGUGCCCUCUUAUACUUCGGAAAACAUACUGUCUUAAUUUCAACUUGACUUUUAGCAAUCUGGAACCACAGAAUAUCUAGACUAGAUGGGGGGGGGGAAUCUGCUAAGUAGAUCUGUGUGGCACUCUUUUGCAUACAGGUUUUGCAAUGUCAUUUCACCAGUAAAAACUACAGUAUUUACAAUAAGACAAUAGCAAAGCCAUUUCAUUAGUAGAGAGCAGUCUCUACAAACCCACCAGGUUUACAAUAAACUAACUUUGCUAAUAAAAGCUUAAUACUGUAUCUUUCAGGUUAUUUAAGCUAUUUCAGGGUAAUCAUGUUUCUCUAAAUUCACUUUUAAAUGGUUUUUACUUCAUAGUUGGAACAAAUUGUAUUUUGUUGGAGCAGGUGGAAGCUCUUCUAACAAGCUGUAAGCCAAAAUUAAGGCUGUUGAUAUGAGCAACUCAGUCCUGCUGCUGUUCUGUAAUGGUGCAAGCUUUCUUGUUUGGGUCCAUUGAUGUUUUGUUCAGUGUGCUGUAGGUUCUCUUGCCUCAGAUGUUAGGAACUUCUUUUUUAAAACCCAACUUUACCUCUUGAUGUGUUGUUGUGUCUUUGUUCAACAAAACCACUGCUAGUUGAGCCAUGACUUGAAUAUACUCUUCUCAGGGCUGCUCUUGUGAAGAAUUGAAAGAGCUUAAGUUGAUUAUUUUAACAAAGCUGCUUGAAAGUCUUACAGGGUUUUGUAUUCCAUAAAUUUAUAGCAUGCCUAUGAUGCAAGUAGAGUUCUAGUACAUUGAACCUUAGUCUAACACAGUCAAACAUUGUGACCAAGCUAUUCUAGUGACUAGAUGACAUGUUUGACUGCAGUAAGCUUUAAGUAUGGAAAUGUUGGCUGUGUCUGGAAACUUUCAUAGAACAAGCUGUGCUUAAACAUUUUAUCCUGUGUAAAGCAUAUGACUCUCAUACAUUAUACUCACAUUUCCACAGUACAACUCGGACAAUGAUCUCUGUGGCUUUUAUUUACAUUGUUUUAUCUAGGUCUUGUAGUGAACGCUCAUGAUCAGUGACUGUUACAUUAACAUAUAAUUGUAAACAACGUGUGGGGAGAAGGGGUUUUUGUAUUUGCCACAUACGGUAGCUCAGACAAGUAUGCAAUAUACCUACUGGCUAGCAAAUGGAUGCAGUGUUCAUUGUACAGGAGUGACUUUUGACUUUAAAAGCAAAACUUGAAAGGUUUGUAUUUUUUCUGCAUUUCUGUAAUAGCGUAUUCAUGUGUUAAGAGUUCUUGGCUUUUAACGACUGUUUUAUUGAAAAGUUUGAAUUAUGAUUUGGAUCACAAUGAGAAUAAAGUUUGAACCUAAGUGCUA